AAUUGUGUGUUCGCAGCGAAAGAGCAAGCAGGAUGUCCUUUAAGGAUGUGCGAGAUCUGGGCGAGCAUCUCAAAUUGCUGGGUUUUCCCCGAGUCUUUCCGCUGCAGGCGCUUGCCACGCAGCACGGCAGCCUGGCGAGCUUUCACAUCGUUGCCGAGCUGCUGCAGUGGCUGGCCGGACUGCUGGAACCAGGUGCUGUGCUUGCCGGCGGCGUGGAAUCGGAGGAGCAGCGUGUGAUGCUCAUACGCUCCGCUACCGAGUUUUUUCUGACCAAAUCGGCCAUACGACUGAAUCCACGCAAGCUGUACGCGGCGGCUGCCGUCAGUGCCACGGAACUGCAGAAGAUCACACGGCUGCUGAUUGCGCCCACGCAAGCGGAGGAGGGCGAGGAUCGGGAGGAGGAGCGCGAGCGUGAACAAUAUCGCAGUCUCAAUCAGGUGGAUAUUGGCGACAAAAUGGAUGAGCUGCGUCGCGCUCGUGAGCUAUCCUCGGACCUAACCCAACGCGGCGCCGCCCUCUUCGAUCUACUGUCUAAAGAGCUGGUUAACAAGGAGGCGCGCCUCGCCCAGGCGCAACGUCCCAUGGAGCUACUCGGCGUGGAACGCACCAUGAAGAACGCCAUACAGGCCAACCAGCUGAAGUUGCAGUCCAGUCGCGCCCAGCUGGAGAAUGCCCGCGUCGAGCUGAAUGCACUCAAAUCCAAAUUGCAGCGCAAGCGCGCAGAACUGGAGCGCACCAAGCAGCGGCUGGAUGCGCUUCAGAAGAUUCGGCCCGCCCAUAUGGCUGAGUUUGAGGAGUGCGAAAAGGAGCUGCAACAACUGUUCCAACGCUACUUUCUGCGACUACAUGUGCGCGAUGCGCUGCGAACUCAGAUGGAGAUGCGCACCAAGCGCCGUGCCACGCCCAUCUCAUCGCCAUUGCUGCAGAAGCCGGCUGAGAAUUCGAUGCCAUUUAUACCAGAAGGCCUGAUCGAGGACGAUGACGACGACGACGAAGACAACGAUGAUGAUGAGGCUGAAGGGAUGGGCAGCGGAUUGGCGCGUGAGAGCUCCUUUGGCCUAGACUCGGAAAUACCGGAUAUACGUGACGAGGAUCUGAUGCUGCAGCGCAGCAGAGCAGCUAAAGCCGGCUCAGCGGCGCCGAGCAAGCGUCCCGGCACGGCCACCUCACGCAUACGUCCCACAACUGGACGCACUCGUCGAGAGACUGCAGCGGCAGCUGCGGCUUCCUCAAGCGGUACACCGGCCACACGCAACGGACGCAAUGGUCCAGGCAGCAGCAUGCUGAACCGCCGCGACGAGGACGACAGCAGCUUUGGCAGCUCCGACAGCGAACUGGACGUGGGUGACAUUAUGGGCAUGAGCGGGCUCAGCGGCGCCGCUGGCACUGGCGACGAUGAAUUCGAUCUCAACUCCAUCGACGACAUUAGCAUAUCGAAGCUAACGGGUGAGCUGCCGAUGCGACCCAAAACAGCCAGCAAGCCGGAACACCACAGCGACGAGGACUUCUAG